AUGGAAAAUCUCCAACAGCAGCAACAACAACGCCUCCCUUCCAUGAAAUCAAGAUUUAAACGUGCUUGUGUUUUCUGUGGUAGCAGCCCUGGCAAGAGUCCAAGCUACCAGAUUGCUGCUACUCAGCUUGGCAAACAACUGGUUGAAAGGAACAUUGACUUGGUUUAUGGAGGAGGAAGCAUUGGGUUGAUGGGGCUUGUCUCUCAAGCUGUUUUUGAUGGUGGUCGCCAUGUUUUGGGAGUAAUUCCUAGAACUCUUAUGCCAAGAGAGAUAACUGGAGAGACUGUUGGAGAAGUAAGAGCUGUAUCAGGCAUGCACCAACGAAAAGCUGAAAUGGCACGCCAGGCUGAUGCUUUUAUUGCCUUACCAGGUGGCUAUGGAACUCUGGAAGAACUCUUGGAAGUGAUUACUUGGGCUCAGCUGGGAAUUCAUGACAAACCUGUGGGGUUACUGAACGUUGAUGGAUAUUACAAUUCACUCUUAUCAUUCAUAGACAAAGCUGUCGAUGAAGGUUUCAUAGCACCAGCGGCCAGACAUAUUAUUGUAUCUGCACCAACUGCUUAUGAGCUCAUGUGCAAGCUUGAGGUAUGGCAGGAAUAUGUUCCCAAGCACUCUGGAGUGGCAUCCAAGUUAAGCUGGGAGAUGGAGCAGCAAUUGGGUCACACAACAAAGUCAGAUAUUGCUCGUUGACUUGUAUAAACAAAUUAUGGCAGAUUAACAACCGUAGAUUCUAGCUAAUAUUUAUACAACACACUGUUCUUAAUUGUAGCAGUGGA